AUACUAUAGAAAGUAAAUCAAAUAAAAGUUCACAGAACAAGCUGGGGUGGGGCGACGCGCUGCCUGGAACGGGACAGAGACAGAGAGGGUUCCUUCCGGUCGCUGUAAUUGGUUUGGCGUUCAAUUGAGGAAGAACAAUGUCGGUGACAGCGGGUGUUAGUGAUACUGUAAUAGCCAUUAGGGAUAAGCUCAGAGGUAAAAUUGGCCAAACUAAAGUUAAGCGUUAUUGGCCCGGUAAAGUUCCUGAAUGGGCUGAUGAUGAGAACGAAGAAGAUGCUGCCCCUGCCGAUAUUAGACCCUCCAGGGAAGCUGCCUUGGAGAAAGCCUUUCCUCGUCACGAAGAAGACGCUGCUAUUGUCAGAAAAGACGAUCGUAGGCUCCGCCGUUUGGCCGAGAGCCGGAUAGAUAACCGUGAGGAGGUCCGGGCUGAUCAUCGCCGCAUUCGCCAGGCUGAGAUUGUUUCCACCAUUGAAGAGGAGGCCAGGAGGCAGGAAUGGUUGGAGUUCGAAGAAGAAGAUGAGAAUGCUUUGGCGGAAAGAAGGAGGCUGAUUAAAGAGAAGUUGCUUCAGAGAGAGCAGGAAGAGGCACUUCCUCAGGAAGAGGAAGAGGAGGAAGAGGAAGAGGAGGAGGAGGAGGAAUCUGAGUAUGAGACUGACUCUGAUGAGGAAUAUACGGGAGUGGCUAUGGUGAAGCCUGUGUUUGUUCCCAAGUCUGAGAGAGAUACCAUUGCGGAGCGUGAGCGUCUUGAGGCUGAGGAGCUGGCUUUUGAGGAGAAAAGGAAAAGGAGAUUGGAGGAAAGGAGGAUUGAGACGAAGCAGAUUGUUGUUGAGGAGAUCCGGAAGGAUGAAGAAAUCCAGAAAAACUUGGAAAUGGAGGCCAACAUUGCUGAUGUCGAUACAGAUGAUGAAGUUAAUGAGGCAGAUGAAUAUGAAGCUUGGAAAGUGAGAGAGAUUGGUAGGAUCAAGAGGGAUAGGGAGGAUCGGGAGGCAAUGUUGAAGGAAAAGGAAGAGAUUGAGAAGGUGAGAAACAUGACAGAGGAAGAGAGGAGGGAGUGGGAAAGGAGGAAUCCCAAACCUGCUCCACCACCAAAGCAGAAAUGGAGAUUUAUGCAGAAAUACUAUCACAAAGGUGCUUUCUUCCAGAAUGAAUCUGAUGACCGAGCUGCCACCGUUGGAUCUGAUGGUAUUUUCGCUCGUGAUUUCUCUGCCCCAACUGGGGAGGAUAAAAUGGACAAGACAAUAUUACCAAAGGUUAUGCAAGUUAAGCACUUUGGUCGUAGUGGAAGAACCAAGUGGACCCAUCUUGUCAAUGAGGAUACUACUGAUUGGAAUAACCCGUGGACUUACAAUGACCCACUUCGUGCAAAGUAUAAUGACAAAAUGGCAGCAAUGAAUGCACCUAUAGUAAAACCUAAAGGAAGCAAGAAGUUGAAAGAUUGGGAAUCUAGGGAAUCUGGAUGAACUUGAAGUUACAAAACUAUGCAUGAAGAUAUAGUCCUUUCAGUUAUAGCUCACGGAUUAAUACCAGAUUAGAUAUCACCUUAUCCUAUGUAUGCUUGUGUUCUGUCUUAAUACAGAAUGUAAAGUAGUUCAUCACGGCUCAAGCAUGUUAUGGAUCUUGGAAGGCAGUUCGUGCAGAUUGUGAUAGGAGUUCAUCACUAGUUUAUUCGGAUAUUCUUCCCCAGUUAAUGAAUCCUAGCUGAUUUGAAGUCCUGCCAGCCUAGCCUAAUGUCUUCAAGCGCUUAUGACUGACUUUCUUUGUAUUUUGUCACCAUUUUGACUUUAUUACUAGCUGGCUAUGAGGAUUUUAUUGAGUUUGCUGCCCAUUGAUGCUUCAGGAGCCACUGUUUUACAAUUUAAGAUCAUUUAUACGUGCAACUUCGAUACUGACUGGAACUCCCAAGAGUGACACUUCAAUUGGUGUACUAGUAUAUGUAGCAUAAACUUCCAUGUUAGGGUAAUCUUUUAGCUUAACAAAGGGGCAUAUUGAAAGUUAUUCAUGUUCAACCCGCCGCUGCUUGUUUGUUUACUGGAGUUAAUUUGACUAGUCAAUCAUUC